AUGAGCGAAUCAAAAUCGAAUCAAAAUGCUACUGCAUCAUCCAAUAUUCACCAACAACGACAACGUAUGGCCCCAGAUUAUCUUCUCAUCUGGGUAGAUCCCAACAUCGACGCAGGAAAAAAGGAAUGCCAAGACACGCUCACUCAAUUGAAAAACGUGAUCAGCCAUAUCAAUUUAUGCACUGAACCAGAUCAGUGCAUCCAAGUACUCAGCAAGUUUGACAAGGAACGUGUCUUCGUGAUAAUAUCAGGCUCCUUAGGUCAACAUCUGGUUCCUGCAAUUCAUGGCAUACCACAGUUACAUGCAAUUUACAUCUUCUGUGGUGACAAAUCUAGACAUCAAGGAUGGACUCAAAACUGGACAAAAAUCAAAGGUGUCCACACAAACAUCAAAGAAAUUUGCCAGGUAUUACAAAUGGCGGUUAAACAACACAACCAAGACACAAUUCCCAUAAGUUUUCUCGCGGUAAAUGAAAUGGCUUCAACUGACACUUUAAAGCAGUUGGAGCCAACUUUUAUGUAUACUCAACUAGUCAAGGAGAUUCUCCUUGAUAUUAAAUUCAGUGAUAAGGCAAUAAAAGACUUGGCAACUUGUUGCCGUCAAGUUUACUUGAACGACAAAGCUCAAUUACUACUGAUUGAUGAAUUCGAACGUGACUAUAAUCCACAACAAGCAAUAUGGUGGUAUACACGUGAGUGUUUUACCUACAAAAUGCUUAAUAAAGCACUUCGAUUUAUGGAUGCCGAUAUAAUCAUUAACAUGGGUUUCUUCCUUCGUGAUGUACAUCAACAAAUUAAACAGCUACAUAAACAACAGGUCAGUAGUUAUGGACGUAAACCUUUUUUAGUUUAUAGAGGACAAGGUCUUAUGAAGUCAGACUUUGAAAAACUUCAGAAAGCAAAAGGUGGACUAAUGUCUUUUAACAAUUUCCUGUCCACCAGUACAGCUAAAGAAGUGACCCUCAGUUUUGCUCGAGAUGCUUCAACAGAACUAAAUACGGUUGGUAUUUUCUUUAUAAUGUCCAUUGAUCCUUGCUUGAAAUCAACACCAUUCGCUUCCAUCAAAGAGGUGAGUUAUUUUAAGGGAGAAAAUGAAAUUCUCUUCUCAAUGCACACCGUCUUUCGGGUGAGUGAAAUUAAACAAGUGGACAAUAGGAAUCAACUUUAUCAAGUUGAAUUACAAUUAACAUCAGAUGAUGAUCAACAAUUACGAUUACUUAAUGAUCGGAUACGAAAAGAAACUGGUGGUACUACUGGAUGGAAAAGAUUAGGUAAAUUAUUGCUAAAUAUUGGUCAAUAUAAUAAAGCUGUAGAAUUUUAUAACGUAUUACUCGAACAGACAUCUAAUGAGGUUGAAAAAGAGCAUUAUUAUAAUCAGCUUGGAGGUGUCCAUUGGAGUCAAGGUGAUUAUGUAAAAGCUAUUUGGUAUUUCAAACAUGUACUUCAACUUCAACAAAAAACUCUUCCUUCAAAUCAUCCUGAUUUGGCUUUUUCAUUCAACAACAUCGGUUGUGUGUCUGACGGCAUGGGAGAGCACUCGAAAGCACUUUCAUUUUAUGAAAAAGCACUUGAAAUUAAACAAAAAACUCUUCCUUCAAAUCAUCCUUCAUUGGCUACUUCAUACAGCAACAUCGCUCACGCGUAUGAAAAGAUGGAAGAGUAUUCGAAAGCACUUUCAUACUACGAAAAAGCACUUGAAAUCGAUAAAAAAACUCUUCCUUUGAACCAUCCUCAUUUGGCUACUUCAUACAACACCAUCGGUAAUGUGUAUAACUACGUGGGAGAGUACUCGAAAGCACUUUCAUAUUACGAAAAAGCACUUGUAAUUAAACAAAAAACUCUUCCUUCAAACCAUCCUGAUCUGGCCACGUCAUACAGCAACAUCGGUAGUGUGUAUGACAGCUUGAGAGAGUACUCGAAAGCACUUUCAUUUUACGAACAAGGACUUGUAAUUCAACAAAGAACUCUUCCUUCGAAUCAUCCUUUGUUGGCUACUUCGUACAGCAACAUCGGUAAUAUGUAUAAGUACGUGGGAGAGUACACGAAAGCACUUUCAUUUUAUGAAAAAGCACUUGAAAUUUGGCGAAGAACUCUUCCUUCAAAUCAUCCUUCAUUGACCAGAUCAUACAACAACAUCGGUUUGGUGUAUUCCAGGAUGGGAGAGUACUCGAAAGCACUUUCAUAUUACGAAAAAGACCUUGAAAUCUGUCAAAAGACUCUUCCUUCAAAUCAUCCUGAUUUGGCAACUUCAUACAGCAACAUCGGUAGUGUGUAUAACAGCAAGGGAGAGUACACGAAAGCACUUUCAUAUUACGAAAAAGCACUUGAAAUUUAUCAAAAAACUCUUCCUUCAAAUCAUCCUUUGUCGGCUACUUCAUACAACAACAUCGGUUUUGUAUAUGAAAAUAUGAAGGACUAUUCGAAAGCACUUUCAUAUUAUGAACGUGCUCUGGACAUCAAACAACGUACAUUGCCACCAACUCAUCCUAGUAUUAAAAGUGUGAAAGAGAGUAUUGAAGCUGUAAAAAAGAAAUUAUAA